AUGGCUACUGCUGAGAUGCCUUCGGGGCCCAGAUCUGCUCGUCUUGCUGACGACGCUGCCACUGCUGCACUAUAUGCCGUGCAUCCCAGACGCAAGGCGCCCAUCCGCGAUAAGCCUGCGGCCGAUUCCCAUAUCUCUAAUCAACGAGCGGCCGUAGGUAUCCCGAAUCUCAGUCACGCCUCGGCUGCAUCCGCUCUCGCCCAUGCCAACCACAAGCCCGUCGAAAUAUGGCGCCCCGCCGGACGAUACACCGAAGCCGAAAAGGCCGCCCUGUACGUGAAGGACUUCACUCCGCCCGAGUUCCCUCUGCCUAGCACUGGGUACAGUGCGGAAGGACUAGGAGCUGCGGUUCUAGCCGUGCGCGAGCAGAGAUCGCCACAAACCAUCCAGAAGCACGAGAUUGAGGCCCAACAAAAUCGUGCGCAGGAGAAAGCGAGACAAGAGAAGGCACUCAAGGCGGCUACCGGGGCUUACGCGACACGCAAGAGAGCCGAUUCAGCCCCAAGUGAGCCGGUGAUUAGGUCCGAGCCUCGCUAUGCUCGCACUGCGGCUGAAGCAUCCCGGCAUGCCCCAGCCGAGGAAGAGGGACCUCUCGAUCAUUUGGACAGUGCGAUGGAAGCCAGCCGAAUUACACAUGCCGCCAACCAGAAUGCCCGGCUUUAUACCGCUUCUCCUAUUGUUCCCAGCGAAGUCGAGGAGCGCAACCGGCGAAACUCACUGCGGGCCGCGGCGAUCUCAAUGGCAAAGGACAUGUACGAAGUCCCCGAAUCCAAGGGAGACACGGAGGUCGAUCCUGCGAUUUAUGCAGCUCAGAGAGGUCAUGGUCAGGCCCAGGCUCAGUCUCGGAAGGCCGUGAACGGAGCACCCGGCACUGCCGUCCGAAAUGCAUUGACUCUGCAAGAGGCCGCGCAGAAGCGCGCCUCUGCGAAACUGGAUCGCCUGCGAAAUGAGCACGCGGAGAUGCAAGCCUACUACGGGACUACACCCCAGCCACAGCGAUCGCGCUUGGCCAGUCGCCGAAAGAGAGCAUCCAGUGAUGCAGAUACGACACCGACAGAUGCCGAGCGCUCAAGACACAUCCGCUAUCAGAUGUCUAGUCUGCGAACGAAGCUCGACCGGGUAGACGAGAAAAGACAACAUGACCGCGAUCUGCUCAUGAGAGCAGCACAGCGCAAUGUCGACCAGAAAAUGCAGGAUAUGGACAAGAAGAUGUGGACCGAUAUUGGCCGAGCGCCUCCGUCCAUCCAAAAGCAGUGGGAUGAGGCAGCUGAGGCCCGCGUUCGAAAAGAAGCUGAAGCUGUGGAAGCGAGCGGUGCUACUAAGAAUGUGGAGCGUGUUAAUAUUGGCGGGCGACAGUUUAUGGACAUGGCUGAUAUCGAAGCCGUCGCUCGUUCCCGCGUCCAGCCAACACUUGAUGAAAUCUCGGACCAAGCUGAAAGGCAACGAGCACAAGAGCUGGAAGAACGUCUGGAUGCAGAGGAGAAGGAUAGACGGGCUACCAUUGAAAAAGAGCGCGAGGAGGAUAUGAGGACCGCAACGCAAGAAAAGAAGGGUGCGAAGCCUGCAACAAAAGAAAAGAAAGACUCCAGCAAGCGAGAAUCGAUGGGAAUGAAUCUCUUCCAGCUGUUCAGGCGCAAGAGCAAGCGAGUAUCUGACGAAAAGCCGGAGAAGGAGACAGAAACAACUGGAGAAGAUGCCGAAGCGCGAGUAACACAAGGAGCCGCCACUGCUGCAGAGACUGUUUCCACUGCAGAGGCUGCUCCUACUGCAGAGGCUGCUCCUACUGCAGAGACUGUUCCCACUGCAGAGGCUGCUCCGGCUACAGAAGCUGCUCCGGCUGCAGAGGCUGCUCCGGCUGCAGAGGCUGCUCCGGUUACAGAGGCUGCUCCGGUUACAGAGUCUGCUCCUGCUGCAGAGACUGUCCCUGCUGCAGAGGCCAAGGCGCCACCGAGACCAUCAAGGCCAUCAGGGGAAGCAGCAGCUGUCCAAGAGCCCCUCGAUGAGCCCGAAACAGCUGGUGCUUCAACUGCUUUUGCCGCUGCGCCCGUUGCAGCCCCAGUGAAAAUAGCCCAGGAGCAUGACACCCAUGACGAAAACACCGAUACGCUGAAAUACUACGCCGACCAACGGGAUGCUGCUGCCGUCGGCGGCGUGUCUCCCAUGCACACCGUUUCUAUCAUGAGCCCCCGAGCAGACUCGAAGCUGAAGACUUGGUUCCGCGAUCGAUUGGUUCAUCGCUCCAGCGGGCCGGUCCCGAUAUAUCCUCACCAGCCUGGGCCAGAUUUCAAUACCGACAGCGAGAUCGGCUUCAGUGGUGGAGCUACUCUGAGAGACCGAAACGAGCCUCGAAGAUCGGCGUUGAGUUCACACCCCGUUAUCGGGAGUGAUAUUAAUCAGAGGUCAACCGAGGGCAACGGUGCCGAGGUGAGCAAAAUGUCAACCUACGACUCUACCUCGAGCGGGCAAGGCGAGCGGAGUGCAAAUAGCAAAAGCAAGAGACAGCGCUUGCGCAGGAGCUUCAUGAAGACCGUGGGCCGCUCUAACCAAGAGCCCAAGACAAAUGGGGCCAACGGGAACUCGCACGCUCGGAAAACCUCUGAAUCUAUUCCCGAAGUCCAGGAUAUCGACUCCGGAACCCGGGGCUUGCGAAACAGCGCCGUCGAGCAAGGUCUCCCUGUCCCGCCUGUUCUUGGAGACACUGUCAGCACAGGGCGAGAGUCGAGAUUUUCCGAGGAUCUAUGA